AUGGGUGACAACGGCCCUACUCUUAUUCGUCCUGUUCCCCGAAGACCUUUCGACCUCAGCCUGACGACCCCUACACCCCCGAGCGAGAACUCGUCGCCUCCAACCCCGAUUCCAGCUCCAGAUCCUCAGAUCGCGCGCUUCCUACAAGCAACUCCCGAGCCUACGAGCCUGAGCAGGCCGCAGUCUUUCAAGAACCUCACUUCUUCGACACUUUUCGGCAUAUACUCUCCUACCGCAUCCUCUUCUCGCGACCGCGACUGCGAUGAUCUCGAUACGCCUUGGGGGACGGGUGCUCAGACGCCCAUAAAGAGACCCAGCAUCGACGACGCUACGUUUGACUUCCUGAAAGAUCGGUCGCAUCAAGUCCGUCGUCGAUCUUCAAUUCGAACUCAUGAACCUGCUGCACCUCUAAAAACUUCCCCGUCCACUGGCGCAUUAGUCCUGCGAGGUCUUUUACUUUUCGUUCUCGGAGUAGGUUACGGCGUGUUGGUCACAUCGCGCUUCAAUGGCGAGUCAGACCAUCUCUCAUCGGGUGCUGCGUACAACUGGGCGCAUCUGGCAUUCUGGGGGUUUGCCGGUGUAGCACUGGGCGCGCUAUUCCCUUGGUUUGAUCGGGUCUGGGAGGAUUCGUUUGGCGAAAAGGAUAACGAAGCUGUGGUGGAACACAAUGUUUCUCCAAAUAAGGACGAUGACCCUAGCACUGAUUGGGCGAUUGCUGUCCGAGCUAUCGGUGCCUUUGUUGGAAUCGUCUUUGCUAUUCGCAAAGUGGCCUGGGCGUCCACCCUCCAAGUAUCGCUAACUUUGGCACUGGUCAAUCCCCUUCUGUGGUGGCUUAUCGACCGUUCCAAGCCCGGAUUUCUCCUCUCGGCUGCGGUUGGCUUGAGCGGGUCGAUUCUUCUCCUCGGCGUCAACCCGGAUAUGAUGCCGGCGCCUGCUCAAGCGCCAUUCAGACACUUGGUGAAUGCCACGACGGCAUCCGAAGGUGAGAUGCCUAUUCUUGGUGGGCUUGCGCGGCAGGAUACGCUCGAGACGGGUAUGUGGAUGCUCAGUGUGCUCUUCUGUAGCUGUGUCUGUUUCGGAAAUAUUGGCCGUCGACUCACUCUCGGCCCGUCUGCGACUGCAAAGGGCCGUUGGGCUGGAGCGAGGUAA